AUGGCUUUGAACUACCAUGUCGGACAGCUGGUGGUGGUGCGGGACGAUGAGGAACAAAAUUGGCAUUGUGCACGCAUCUACCAGACAUCUCCGGUCUUGGUGAAGCUUCGACCACGAAGUUCUCCAUCAAAAUACAAAUUCAUGAAGCCCUUGGAAGCUUUGACGGAACAUGAGGCCAAGAAUGUCUUAGCUUUGGAACAGCAACUGAGGAACCGUAUGGACCUUGGUCCGGAUCCUCCUCCAAUGGGCCUAACUGCUGAAGAGCAAACGGCCUAUCCAUCCAUUGCAGCAAAGGCAAAUUCUUCCUUCUUGACAGUGAUCUUGCUGAUUGGGACACUGUCCCCGGUGAUCUUGAACAAUCUUUGGCUCAUGACGGCAAAUGUUGUGAAUGAAGGAGAUGGGCACCAGCACUUCUGGUGGUACACACUAGUCUUCGACAACUACUUCAUGAUUGUGAAGGGCCUCAUGUUCUCGGCCUUUUUCUACGCCUUUUUGCCAGAGCCAGCGAAAGGUCACCGCAAGUGGUUGUAUUGGCUUCUUGCCAUAAUGUGGCCACUCUUCUCCUUUCUCAUCCACAUGCUGUGGUUGGCGGUGAACACGGUGGGCUCAGAUGAUGCAUGGGGCUUGAUGAAACUCAACUUUCCCGUGGGUGCUUCUGCGGCCGUAUUUGCGUGGAUGCCUUUGUGCCUGUACGGGCAAUACAGUCGAGAGGAGCGCUUUUUCGCAACCAAGAGAUUUGUGGUGAUCAUCGUCAUUUUGGUGGCAGACCUCAUUUUCAUCAGUUCCUCACACUUGGUCUUGCUUCUCUUCAAGGCUUUCGGAGAUGGAGAGUUUGGGGCACCAGACCCACUGGUGAGAGCCAUCGUGGAGUUGGCAUUCCUGUUGGGAUUCAUGCAAGUCUACAUGCCCUUGCUCGGGAAAGUGUGGCAGAUUGGAUUGUUGCUCUUCGACACAUUGGCUCCGAUGAAGGACUUGCAAAGGCAGCGCAUGCUCUACUUUGCCACAGUGAUUUUAGACAUGCACCGCUACAUGUACGUUCGGGAGAUGAUGUAUAUGACGGAAUCUGUACCGGUGGUGAUUUGCAUGGUCUUCAAGGACUUCGUUUACGACGUCUAUCACUUUGGUAUGUCGUCCUCUCCGGCAUUGCAGUCCGCCGAGCUCAUGGGCAUUCCGACGUGGAAGCUCUUCCUCGGCGUGAGCGAGGUUCGUGUAGCUUCCUCGCGAGCUUAUGAGAUCUGCAUCUUCAUCGUGAAGAUGUUGGGGGAUUUCUUGGAAUUGCCCUACUUCCUCACCUCGGUCUUCACCUGGACCAUCGACUGUGGCUAUCCCAAGCAGACCCACUCUACCAGCUUUUGCUUCGCAGAGACCAAGGUGACGUUGGUGAACGUCCCCAGUGACUUUGGGGCUGAGUUCAAAGAGUGGGCCUACAAAACGGCAAAAGACCGACAACAGAAUCGCUUCAUCCUUCAGAGUGAGGAUGCGCAUUCGUCCUUUGAUACCGUCAUCGCACGGGAUGCCGUGGAGAAGAGCAACGGCGAGUGGCGCCAGGUCUGGGAAGGCUUCCGCGACCCAGGGCGUUUCAGCUUCUACCAGUUCAUGACGGUUCAGCUGGGUGGGAUCAUGUUCUGCCGCUAUCGUGCGCGGAUUAUCAUCAAGAUCGCGAGCAGCGUCAUGCUCCUUGCGGCCGGUACCUUGAUCCGACUGACGCCCUCCAAGGAUGUCUUGAACCGAGUCCACGACCAUUCACAGCCAAGGGAACUCAUGCAGUGGAUUGUGCCAGCUGCCAUGUUGUUUUUUGACGUGUUGGAACUUGUUUUGGUCCAAUGCUUACAAGAUGGUGAUGCGGCAACCAUGGGUUACAAGAUGAAGCGCUUUGCACGGCUUUUCAACGAUCCCAUUUUUCUAGGAAUGGUGAUGAGUUGCCACGUUUGCUGCAAUAGCGAUCUGUACAUCACAUUUGCGAACCUGAAAUUCAGGCCGUAG